UGUGUGUACUUCUUCUGAAAGUGAACAAAGUCACUUUCAACGGAUUCUUUAAACUGAAAGGAACAUCAAUAUUCGUUUCAACAGCAGAUUUUUAUUUCUGAACGUUCUAAUAAAACUCUGUUAAAGGAAGUGUUUCAGAAGAAGUGUUUCGGAAAUUUAAUCGUCUUUUCUACUUUAAAAAUGACGCCUACGUUCUGUUGGAUAUUCCUGUUGGUGUUGGCGUUGGUGGGCCGCGCUGCGAGCGUAGCAAGACCUCUCACGGUCGACGCUUGCGCCCUGCUCUGCAAUCCCGGGGCAGAGACUGAGUCCGAGCGAGAGAGGGAUGUGCGCCUAUUUCCCCGAUAUCCCAAGGUAAACUGCAAGCUCCAGUCCCUCAACGACGAGCACCAGACGGUUGCUAUUAUGAGCCACUGUUUGAAACUGUGCUCUUACGAACUAUCAAUCGCGUCGGAAGUCAAUUGUUUUGCUCUAAGAUCAUCCCUCCAAGCAAGUAUAGGAUGUUAUUGUGAUGCUUUAACACCUUUGAGUCCGAACACUAUACGCCUUCACGAAACUUGGCGGCUCAACUUUUUGGUAAAGGAAUUGGCGAACGAUAUCAUGACUACGAUUCUCAAGUCACCUCUCGACGUAAUCAUCCUAUGCGAGAUCCGUCAAGAACUGUUCAAAGACGCCAACAUAUUAUAUGGACAGUUGCGAGAAGCAUGUUUAAAUCCAGAUAAUUCAUACUCAGAUGACUCAUCUCGAUCAAAACGAAAUAUCGAAGAGAGUGAGAUUGAUGAAUUCGACGAUGACGACGAUACUGUGGAACUGGUUGGAGAUAUACAGGAGGAUGAGGACAUAAAGUCGGUACCACGACAUCACUACGAGGAGAAACGUGAUUUGCCACUUUCCGAAAAUCUAGACUUGUCCAGGGAACAGACUGCUGAAGAUUCCUUCUAUCAAGAUCAGGACAACCCAACAUUAGGUGAACAUAGUGAAAACAAUCCAAAUUGUCAUGCAGAAACGUGCGAUUUAUAAAGAAGUCUGUCAAUGUUAAAUGAGUUAAAAAACUGAAUAAUUAUAAAACAUACAUAGACAAAAAUAACAGACAGGAGAGAGAGUUUGAGUGAAGACCAUGAAUUUUCAUAUCUUGUAUAGAUCGUCAGUUUAUAAUUAAUUUAUUACGCAAAAGUGUUUCUCGUCAUAAUCAGAGAGACGUAAAAUAGAAGUAAUCUGAAGCAUAUAUGAUUUUCUUUUCAAUUUUGUUAUUCAAAUUAAUUUUUGUCCCAGUUUAACGU